CAAUCCGAGCUUCGAAGCGGAGAGAGGGGAUAAGAUAAGAGACGGAACGCUUUUUAGGCGAAAGAGAAACGAAGAGCUCGGCAAUGGCGGCCAUCAGUUCCUCCUGCUGCUGCUUCUCUAUGCCCUACAAACCAAAGCCCUUCACUCCGUCGCCCCCGCUGCUCUCCAUCGGCAGCAAUGGCGGCUUCCCUCUCCGUUCUCGCGCCUUCAAAACCCUAGCUUUCUCCUCCAGUCUCUCGACCUCUUCAUUCCCAACGGGGAUCGAAUCGCUCAAGUCGUCGGCUGCGCCGAGCGCCCGUAGGUCCGUCGUAUGUGAGGCUGCGCCGGCGAAGAAGGCGGAUUCGGCGGCGAAGAGAGCUCGGCAAGCGGAGAAGAGGAGGAUUUAUAACAAGGCGAGGAAAUCCGAGAUCAAGACUCGAAUGAAGAAGGUUCUUGAAGAACUAGAUGUCCUCCGAAAAAAGACUGAAGCACAGCCAGAGGAGAUCCUCGUCAUCGAGAAGCUUAUUGCAGAGGCGUACUCGACUAUCGACAAGGCAGUCAGGGUUGGCACUCUUCACAGGAACACCGGGGCCCACAGGAAGUCCCGGCUGGCGAGGAGGAAGAAGGCCGUGGAGAUUCACCAUGGGUGGUACACGCCUUCGGCGGCAUCGGUUAGUGUUUGAAAAGGCUCGUGAAUGUUCAGGCGGGAUGAGACUUUGAUUCUGUUUUGUAAACAAACCGUUUGAUGUUUUGAUCAGUGACUAGAGAUGUAUUCUGUAUUGUGGCUGGCGUUUCUGUUUAACUCUCCCACUUCUUGUACUUAAAAUGCCCCCAAAGUCUCCCAUUUUCAACUUUGAUA